AAGGGAAGAACGGUUCUUGAAGAACCGUGAACCGUGUGCCGCGUCAAAAGGCCAUAGUGAUUUUCGGAAAGAGAGGUAAAAAUACGUUGAAUGUUUGAUCAAAUGUGCGCUUCAACGAAUCGAAUCCUUCGCAAAUCACGUAGGUAUUGUUGAGAAAAAGUUUUCUCGAGUUCUAAGUGACAUCAAACGAGAAAUAAUGGAAAAAACAGAAGAGAGCGAACACAAUAUAUUGCGAGAAGUUUUGGGCGAAGACGAAUUAUCGCAAAUACCUGAAGAGCUUGCUAAGAAAUUGAAUGCUUAUUUCAACGAUAAAUUCGAACAAUAUAUCACCGCUAAAGCAGUUUUUGAAAUCAACAGGAAAACUUUUGAUCAAACGUUAGAUAAGUUACAAAAGAGUUUGGCAGAGGAAAAAUCAAAUUUUGAAGAAUGCAAGGAAAAGCUUGAACUGUCACAGAAAUAUACUGUUGAAUUACAAUCUGAUCUAGAUCUAGCAAAAGGAGAAAUACAAAAAUUACAAGAACAUGUUAAGAGACUGGAAAAAGAAAAUGCUGACUUACGUAGGCACAGGGAUACAGUUGUGGAUGAAAGGGAUGCACUGCAGUUGCAGGUUGAAAGGAGGGACACGGAAAUUGAAAGAAUGCAUACCGAAUUAUCAUCGUUGGGAAAUCAAUUACAGAAUGCUGUCGCUGCGAAAUGUCAAGCAUUGGCAGAAACAGAGGAAAUUCGAAGUCGGGAAAUGACUCUUGAAUUUAAAGAGAAACGAUUGGAACAGGAAAGAGCUCUUAUCGGGCAGCAGAUGGUAGGGCUUGAAGAAGAAUUAACAAAAAGAAUGUCAGAAUUACAAGCAACGAGAGCAGAAGCUUCUGCACUCCGUCUCUUAACGGAUACUCGUCUGGCACAGCGAGAUGAAGAAUUGCGUAUCGCAAACGAACAAACGGCGCAAUUGCGAGAAUCGUAUUCAGCCCUUCAACGACGUUGCGACGAGUUUUCGCAGAAAUUAGAAGAACAACGCACGCACGAAAUUUCUAUGCACGCUUCUUAUCGAGAAGAAAUCGGCGCACAAACUAGACUGGCAGAUCUUUAUAAAGGAAUGGCAGAUGAAGUGAAUGCGAAGGCCGAAGAAUUUAGUAACGCAGUUAAAGAACUUCAACAAUUAUUAGAACACGCGACUGAUCAAUAUGGAACACUGGAGUCGACGCAUAACCAGCUUCAGAUACAACAUAAGGAAGAACUAGAAGAAAGAGAUCGAAAGAUAGAUGAACUGUCGAAUGAAUUGAGUCAUGCAAACGAAUUAUUGAAGAAUAUUAAACAGGAAAGAUUAGAUCAAGCUGUUGAACAACUAGCACCCACUGCAGCCAUAGCCAGCAGAGUGCUUCGGAAAGGCUUGAGCCUCACUCAAAUCUAUACACAAUUAGUCGACGUAACAAAUGAAUUAACUUCGGAACGAGAAAAGAAUGAACGUAUGAAAUCCCAAAUGGAUGUGAUUCUACGCGAGUUGGAAGCGAAAGCCCCGCUGUUGCAGCAACAACGCGAGGAUUACGAAAGCGCGAUGAGCAACAUUACCACUUUAACAUCAAGAUUGGACGAACUCUUAGCAGAGAAUCAUAGAUUACAAGAAACGGCGGAUGAGUCGAGUCGCAUUGCUAAACAUCAUACUAAAGAAAAUCAGAGAUUAAAAAUGGAAUUGUCGGAUUUAGCGAGACAAGUAUGUUUCCUUUUGAAAGAAGUUCAAGAGAGUAGGAGCGGUACAACCAUUAAUGCAAGUGAAUUUUCAAAUUCGAUGGAAAUUGAUAAUUUAGCUUCAGCUGAGAUCAUUAGUAAAAAGCUUGUUACGUUUAAAGAUAUCGAAGAACUGCAAGAGAAUAAUCAAAAGUUACUCUCGAUAGUCCGCACAUUGUCAUCGAGGCAGGAAGAAAUCGAGAAGGCAACUGACGAAAUUAACUCUGGCGAUAUGAAAGAAAAGUUAGACAGAUAUCUAGAGCAGUUGGAAGAUAUGCAAGCUGCUCAAGACAGACAAGCAAAGAUGUUGGAAGGCCUUUUACGACAACGAGACAUGUAUAAAAAUAUGUAUCACCAAUGUUUGAAACAAACCAAUGUAUCUGACGAGAAAAAACUGUCCAUGAUUCCGGAGGAGGACGAAGACGACACUGAUGCUGCGAAAUCUGGCAUGGACGAAACUUCUAAGAUCAGUCACUCUGAUGCCAAUAAAGAGAAGGAAUUACAGAAGGAAUUGGGAGAAUAUGAGGCUAAACUAAAACAGGUUAAAGAUGAAUUUGACACGUACAGAAAAGAAAAAGCAGCGCAUGAACGCAUGUUAGGAGAGGAAGUUGAAAGACUUAGGAAAGAGGCGGAAGCUAGUUCAGCUCGAUGCUGUACACUAAAAGCUCAAUUAGAUUCAGCCAACGACAGAUUCGGUCUUUUGCAAUCUAACGUUUCUUCUUAUAAAAAUCAAAUAAAAGUUCUCGAAGAAAAAUGUUUCAAUUACAAUGUGACAAUUGGUAAACACGAACAGAGUUUAAUGAUCUUGAAAGAUGAGGCUUUAACGGCUCAAACCCGAUUAUCGCGCGCCGAAGUGCAGUUAGAAAACAUACGUCAAGAGAGACAACUUUUACGCGAUUCGGAAGGACGUCUCUUGAAGGAGCUCGAAGUGUAUCAGAGGGAACGUCAAACGCAGGCUUCGUUACGAGCUGAUGUUGAAUCCAUUAAAGCGAGCUUGGAGCGUGUUCAAGCCGAAGGCCAAUUACGAGCUGAACAACGUUUGGAUGAUGCUACGAGAGAAUGUGCUGCUUUAAGACGUCGAUUGCAAGAGGAACAAGAUCGAUUUAGAGAGCUUUCGGUGCAUUUAGAGAGACAGCUCACUACUGCUCAGGAGCGAUUAGCGGAGGAACGGAACAUUGCCGAACGGGUUCGGUUGGAACUGGAAGAAGCUCGCCAGUCUGAUACUCAGAAUGUGCAACGUAUAGAAGAACUGAACAACAAACUGAGACAAGCAGUCACUCAUUCAAUAUCAAAGCCUUUCACUGGUGAUGAACAUCUUGUAAAGCGAAUAAAAGAACUUGAAAUGCAGCUCGCAACAACGCAAGCAGAAGCGAAAUCUUUAUCGGAACAAUUGAAAGCUUCGCGGCAGCAGAGCCAACAAUAUUGCGAUAUAGCUGAGAGCGCAGAAGCCCAAUUACGAGAGAUAACAGCACAACAUAAUAAAUAUAAAGAAGAAUUAGAAAACGCUUUGAAAGAAGCACGUUUAGAGAUAGCGUCUCUUCAAAAGAGAGUUCAAGAAUUAAUAGAAGAAUUAACUAGAGUUUCUAGUGGCCGACAAGAAACCAAUUCGGACUUAAAAGAAAAAUUAGCUGAUGCUGAGAAGAAACUUGAAGAGUUAGAUGAGCUUAAAGGAGAAUUGGAAAUUGUUAAAGGUGAUUUGCAAAGUGCUUCUGUAACAGCUAAAGAAGCUGAAGAGAAGUAUACUAGAGAGAUGAUACUUCAUUCGGCAGACCUUCAGACGUUAGCGAAAUUGAAAGAAGAAACCCGAGCAGUGGAACAAAAAAUAGCAAAUUUAACGCAAGAAAGGGAUUCAGCCGUAGAAGCGUUAGAACUUGAGAGAGCAGCUUGUCGAGAAAGAGAAGUGAAGUCAGUUGAGGAAAUGAAGGAACUCCAACAAAGAAUAACAGAUUUAGAUGCGCAAAACGCUAUUUUACAUAAUCAAAUUCAAGAACUAAGUAACAAAAUAGCAAUUAUGCAUAGUCAACAGUCGAAGAUGAGCGAGAGUCAAGAAAGUCCUGAUACCAGCAUAGAAGCAAUGAAUCGUAGUUUCACCGGAGCUGAAGAAGAUUCCAAUUCUGCUGAACAGUUACUAAGGGUGAUGAAAUAUUUGAGACGUGAAAAAGAUAUGGCUGUAGUGAAAUUCGAUGUUUUGAGAGCGGAGAAUCUUCGACUGAAAUCGCAAAUGGAGGUAAUCGAGAAGAGGCUAAAGGAAACUGAAACUGCAUUGAAUUCAGAAAGGGAAAAAUCAGAAAUAGACGUGGUAACGACAUCUAAACACGCUGAAUUGUUGCGAAAGGUUGAGACCUUGAAUGCCAUUGCGGAUUCUAACAGGAUCUUAAGGGAAGAAAGGGAUAGUUUAAGCGUUCAAGUCAUGGAACUGACUAAAAAAGUUACGGCACUGUCUGAAGAAGUAGUGCCGCUUAGAGAUACAUCUCGGGAUUUACAAGCGAAGACUGAUGCUUUGCUGCAAGAGAAUACGAGCCUUAAAGGAGAGGCAACUAGAUGGAGGCAAAGAGCCAAUGCGUUAGUGGAAAGAGCUAACAAAGCAAGCCCGGAAGAUUGGCGCCGGUUGCAAACUGAACGGGAAAAUCUUAGCAAACUUCUAACAUCUGAACGGGAAACGCAUUCUAAGCGUGCGGAAGAAUUGGUUCAAUUGAAGGCAGAGAAAACUAAGUUAGAAGAGCAAUUGGUGCAACUUCAGAAACAAAUACAAGCUCAGGGAGAAGAAGUCCAAAAAGUUUCCGAAGAAGCUCGUAAACUGGGACAAGAUUUAACCGAGGCUCUUGCCGAUUCUACUUCUAAAGCCAAGGACUUGGUAACGCUGAGGAAAGAACUUGGAGAUAAGGAAGCCGUCUUGAACGAUAUCAAGAAUAAAGAAAUUCAAAUAAGAAAGAUAGCGAAAAAAUACAAAACACAGUUCGAAGAACUUGCAAAAUCUGUAGAAGAAGAAAAAACUAAAACUGAAGAAUCUCGUAUGUCGGCCGGUACAUCUGGAAACGAAGACACGCCCCAGGCAUCUCAGGAACGCGAAGAUCAAUUGAGAGAAGAGGGUCGACAAGAACUGCGUCAGGCGAAUAUAGAAUUAACAACGAAGAUCGAUGAAUUGUCUCGUCAAAUGGCAACUGUACAAAACGAAGCAGAGACAUUGAAGAAGGAGAUUGAUACGAUGAAUAAAACGAGCGUCGAGAAGGAGGAACGUGCUAAACAAGUAUUAAAAGGUGCCAGAACCAAGAUAUUGCAGUUAACGGAAUCGAAGAAAGUGUGUGAAAAAGAAUUGCUCGAUUUGAAGGCAAAGCUCGAAACUGGAACUGCGGAAUCGGAUUCCGCCGAGCACGAUGCUAGAAUUGUAGCGCUUAAAUCUCAAAUGGAAGGUAGAAUCUCUCGCCUGGAACAUGAGAAAGCGGAGAUUCAGGCAGAGAAAGAGACACUCGUGCAAAGGGUAAACCAAUUGCAGCGACAAUUAGCUGGUGUUAGCGGAGUUAGUCCUACUACAGAGCCGCCGACGGCUAAUAUAAAGCCAAUGUCCGCACGUGCUGAGACUCCAUUAGCAAGUAUUCGCCCUAUGAGCGUAGUAGUACAGUCGAGAACGGCUGCAGUUUUACCUACAACGGCUAGCGCGCCAGUAAUGGUAGCACCUCAUCAGCAACAACAGGCGCAGCAACAAGUUGUGCAUACUACUGAAACGAGUUCGCCAACCAGUAGUCUUCCAGAUUUCCAACCAGCUAGCACUAGUAGCAGUUCGUCGCAGACAGCGCCAAGCACUUUAAGGCAACUAGUCGUGCAACCGCAAUUAAGCGAGUCUGCAGAGUCGACGCAAAGGGAAGAUCCAGAGAGUGCGGAGACCCUGAGUGUGCAACAGCAACAAUGCCAGCAGCAACAGCAACAGCAGCAGACUAUUGCAUUAGUUAGCCCACGAGUAGAGCAACAGCAGCAACAGCAACAGCAGCAGCAAGCUGCAGUUAGCGAUCAACAGCAGACUGUAGCUAGUAGCUCCACUCAGUCGGUAAGCACAUCCCAAGCUUCGACCGGGCAUAAACGUCCUAGAGCUCUCGAUUCGACAGCGUCUGGAUCCGGAAUCGUCGAGGGCGUGGAUCAUAGCAGACAGGAACAAGUCCUUAGUCCUAAAGCUAAACGUACAAGAUCGGAAAUGUCUUCCGCUGCUAGCGCUAGUGCUUCGGAGGUUGAAUACCAAGUACCGACAUCGAGCCAACGGGAUCAAGACGAAGAAGUGGAAGAGGGAUGCGUCAUUGUAGUUGACUGCGAUGAAGGUGAAGGAGGAGGCAAUCACCAGACGCAAGAAGAGGAAGAAUUCGAUAACGAUGCGUACGAAGAAAUGGAAGAGGAUGAAGAGAUGCCGUAUGAAGUAGAAACGGAAGUAGAGAGAGAUAAUAACGAAGUCGAGAUCAUAAUGGGGGAAGAUUCUACGAGUGUAGAAGUUCCUAGACAAGCGCAGGCAACGGUGCCCACGAAUCAACAGCAACAGCAAUCAGAGGCGAUUAGUAGUGCUGGACCAACGGGAGAACCAGCUACAUCGUUCGCUACACGAUCAUCGCGCGGUAUUGCUCCAAUGCCCAGACAACAGCAGCAACAGCAUUUACUUUUACCACAACAGGGAUACGAGGAUGGAGGCGACGACAGCAUAGUGCCAAGCACUCCUACUUUAUUUGUACCACGUCGAGGAGAUGGAUUCGGAGAAGCCGUGAGCUCACCUCAAGUUCCUCAAGGACGUUUCACGUUCGGAGACUCGUCCACGCCAACAACAGCCUCACCAACUCCAUCGUUAUCAACGCCUUCCGGAUCGACAGCGCGAACGAUAUUUGGAUCAUCCAGUUCCGGCGUUCCACAAGUAGUGCAAGAAAGUAUCGACGAUACGCGAAUGGAUCUGGCUCAAUUAGAAGACGCUGGAACUGGUCGCAGCGUACCAACUACACCUCUACAAGUAUCACCGGCAGCCGAUCUACCGCCUUCGACAAGCAGUGGGCCAUCUGAAGAGCAGGAGACACCAGUUUCAGUAACACCUGUUUUAGUAACAGGCACCACUAUCGUCAGUGACACCAGUGAAGAACCUACGAUACCUAGUAUACGUGUGCUCAAUGUUGACGAGCAACAACAUAAUCCAACUGAAAUAAUCACUGAAUCUAUUAGCACAACGCCGACCGAAGGUACGAGCUCGGAAGGUGAGAAACGUACAGAAGAAGCCGGCCCCUUAACGUCCGCGGAUGAUGACGCGGUAGAUCCUGGCGAAGGAACCGAAGAGCCAGGAAGCGACAUCGUCGAAGACGAAGUAGAGGAAAGUCGCGAGGCGGAAGCGUCUCCGUCUAGUAAUACUCGUCAAAGGGCAAUAGCGGCGGCAAAUGCUGCGGCCGCGGCAAAUGAGAAUAGAGUUAACAACACGGUACGAAGAUCGGCGAGAUCGCCAUUUAGACAGUCCCGCGGUUCCCGGCCUACUCCCAUUGUAUGGGACAAUCAACAACCAGGCGGUAGGGGGCAAGGUUUAAUACGCGGCGGACAUGCAGCGAGAGGAGCGAAUAGCGAAACGGGUAGAGGACGUGGGACGAGAGGACGACGAAUGCGCUCCAAAUAUACCUUCACGCGGUACUAAGACAAUUCUUGGUGUCACGUGACACGUGUUGCGUUGAAACAGAACUAUCAAUUGAAGAUCAGAAUAAAAGUGACAUUCCUUUCAUCAAGAUUUAGUUUUCGAAGUUAGGUAAUUAAAUCGAAACUACAUAGCAUUUAAGGAGUUCUCUUUAUUUUUUUUUUUAUUUACUCUGCACUUGUAAUUACUAUUUGAAUUUCAUGUAAUAUACUUUGUAUAAGCAUAAGUCAUCAGAUCAUAAAUCAAUAUCCACAAUUAUAUACAUUAAAAGUGUUGAACCAGAUUCAACAAGUACUUUAUUUUACACGAUUCUUUUUUUCAUAUAAUGACGAAUUCAACCUAAACAUCUAAGAGUCGUAUAAAUAUUAUUUAUUGAUGCUAGGAAGUUGAAAUGUAAUAAAAUAAAUAUUUAAUAAUAAGUUUUAGCGGAUUUAACUUUUGUCUGGCUUAGCACUAUUUUCAAUUAAUGUUACUAUAAUUAAUACUUUUCAAUACUUAAAUUGGAUGUAUGAGAAAGAUCGUACGUGUAAAGCUAGAUGAUGACGAAUUUAAAAAUCGGCGGAUAUGUAUCAAUACACACGGAAACAAUUAAUUAAUAAAUAAUCAGGUUUA